AGCGUCCCUCCUCCUCCUCCUCUUUUCAUCCUCGGGCUUCUCACCGGCAAACAGUGACUCGGUGCCUUUUCCGUGGAGCGCGGAAUAAAACACGGAGCGCCUGCGCACCCUCCCUGACAGCACGAGUACUCUGCUGAAACACCUGCAACAAGCUGAGUCACAGGUGACGAAAGCAAGAUAGGAGUCCUCCCAAACAACAGGGGGCAGCAGUAAGGAUGCAGGACUCUGCCUCAGACAUCAAGAUGGCCAAACAGGAUCAGAACUCCAAGCCUUUGGAUGAGCACAAGGAGACAGAUGAAAUGUCUGAAAAAACUUCCCCAAACAAGAACCUGAAGUCUCCGCAAAAAGGCUCCAAACGACUUAAAACGGUCCCGUUCAAAGUGACCCUGCUGGACAUGUCUGCGUUCGAAGGAGAAAUUGAGAAACACUCCAAAGGACAGACCCUGAUGGACCUGGUGUGUGAGCACCUCAACCUGCUGGAGAAGGACUACUUCGGUCUGACUUUUGCUGACACAGACACUCAGAAGAAUUGGUUGGACCCCUCCAAGGAGAUCAAGAAACAAAUGCGCAACGCUCUGUGGCACUUUGCCUUUGCUGUCAAGUUCUACCCUCCGGACCCGUCCCAGCUCACUGAGGAUAUCACCAGGUACUACCUGUGUCUGCAGCUGAGGGAUGACAUGCUCUCCGGCCGGCUGCCGUGUUCCUUCGUCACUCAUGCCCUGCUGGGCUCCUACACUGUUCAGGCCGAGCUGGGGGACUAUGACCAGGAUGACCACGGGUCUGAUUAUGUCAGUGAUUUCCGUUUUGCCCCCAAUCAGACCCGGGAGCUGGAAGACAGGGUGAUGGAGCUCCAUCGAAACUACAAGGGAAUGACUCCAGCAGAGGCUGAAAUGAACUUUUUAGAGAAUGCAAAGAAACUUUCGAUGUACGGCGUGGACCUUCAUCAUGCUAAGGAUUCUGAAGGGAUUGACAUAAUGUUGGGUGUCUGUGCCAACGGCCUGCUGAUUUACAGGGACCGGCUGAGGAUCAAUCGCUUUGCCUGGCCAAAGAUCCUUAAAAUCUCCUACAAGAGAAGCAACUUCUACAUCAAGAUACGACCUGGAGAGUAUGAACAGUUUGAAAGUACAAUUGGUUUUAAACUUCCCAACCACAGAGCCGCCAAGAGACUGUGGAAGGUCUGCAUUGAACACCACACCUUCUUCCGGUUGGUGUCUCCAGAACCUCCUCCAAAGGGCUUCCUGGUCAUGGGAUCAAAGUUUCGAUACAGUGGAAGAACACAGGCUCAAACCAGACAAGCCAGUGCUCUAAUAGACCGACCCGCUCCUCACUUCGAGCGUUCCACUAGCAAGAGGUACCUGCUGUCUCGAAGCUUGGAUGGAGAGUUCUCACGGCCGGUAUCAACUAUGUGUGAGAACCAUGACAGCCUGUCCCACAGUGGCAGUGAACGGCGGCGUGUCCACAGUUCAUUUGUAGAUGACCACGAGACUGAGCAUGAGCAGAGUCUGGAACAAGAAGAGGAUAAAGACCAUGAACAGGGCAGAGAUGAAGAUGGCAACAUCACUCCAAGCAGAAAGAAGGAAAUCAUGGAGGUGGCUGAGUCACCAGUUGACAGUAAACAUGAGCUCUGUCAUUUGGAGCAGCAGACCACUCCUCGGCACAAACAGGAGUUUUUGGAUAAGUCGAAGGAUGUUCUGCUGAAGCACCAGGCCAGUAUCAACGAGCUGAAGAGAACGCUGCGGGAGCCCAACAGCAAGCUGAUGAACCGCGAGAAGUGCCUGUCUGCGACCUCCCCAACUGGGACGCCUGAGAAGAAGGCUCUUGCGGGCCGAGCGGUUGGAAACAGCCUGUGUGUCGAAGGUUUCAUCCAGAAGACUUUGGUGGCUUCGCCUGAGGGCUCUGAGGAGUGGGUAUUGAUUGAAAAGCAAGAAACUCAUCAACAAGGCCAUGAUUGGAAGGCAGAAGAAAAGAGCACCCCAGAUUCCUUGUGGGAGAAAAAGGAUCUGGAAAAAAGCACUGAUGUUUCCAAGAUGAUUCAUAUUGAUGGUGCAGGGUACAAUAGAACAGAGACAGAAAGCCACAAUGAAGCCUUUUCAUCAAUAAAAAUGUCUGGUGAAGCAGAUGCAUGCUCAGAGUCUCAGGCCUCAAGCAAAAGUCAAUUUGUGAUUCAAUUUCCUGAAAAUGCAGAUUCGUUUCAAGACAAAUCUCAAAGUAGAACACCUCAAUCUUCACAUCCAGAGGCAAACAGCGAUAUGGCCCAGGGCCUGCCGCAGAUGAAGGAGCAGAGAUCUUCUAAACAGAGAAAAAAGAGGAGACCACAAAGCUUAAACCUGGGAAAGCCUGCACUGCUCAUCUACAGGAAGGAAGGUGAGGAUUCCACCGAGGAAGAAGACGAGGCCUCAGACUCAGAUGGCAGUCUGGAAAACACAUCAGCUUCAGGACGUCACUGUAAUCUGCUGAUGGUGAAAGAUCACCGGGGAGCAGGAAAGGAUGAGUGCAUCAGGGUCGGCAAAGAAAGCAAACAAGAGGAUGUGUCGGAAAUUAGUGAGGUCUCCGUUCACAUACUGGAGCAGGCAAAGAGGAGAGCAGCAGCAGACAGCGAUUUAGUGAAUGGACCCGGGAAGAUUGAGUGCGACAGUUCAGCUUCAGGUGUUAAAGGGGAGUGCACAGUGAAGUCGCGAGGGAAGAGCCUGAUUGACAACAGAGAACUUGCAGAAGUCAAACUCAGACAGGUCAGGACACACGAGAGAAGAAUCAGUAGUUCUGGGGGAGAGGAUAUUGAAGGUGUCCUGGGUGGUCAGAGGACAUCUCUUCGCCGUCUAUCAGCUGGCUAUCAGUCGGAAAUAACCAGGAUUGUUCCUCUUAAGCCCGAGCGUUCAAAGAGCGUAGCGUCUAAAGAUGACAGGACAGGACAGGAUGAGCCCGUAUGGGUCAUCAGAAGAGACUACCGCUGGUCGGUCGGCUCUCCGGAAGGAUCCUCAGACCUGAACUGGACUGAUGUGUCCGCGUUCCAUCCAGCAGAUCUCGAAGGUGGCCUCAAAACAGAACAGCCAGAUGAUGGCUGCCCGUCCAGUCAGGGACUGACAGAAGUUCAGCUGUUCAGCUCCAAGCUUUCAGCCGUUCCCAAAAUGGCUCCUCCAGCGCCGCCAGUGAAAACGCAGAAGGCCAGGGAAUCUGGUCUGAUACUGCGGAACAGCCGGAACGCCGGCAGGGAGCCAAGCCUGGAUGCAGCCAAGAAGAGACACUCGGAGCCUCUUUCCACUCCUGCCAUUUAUGAAGAGCCCUUUGCUGAUGUCAAGAAGGACCUUGGGGACAGGAGGCUCCCGCCGAGUGUGGCCUCUGAGGAGGAGCACGAGCGGGACACUGUGUCCUCCAUGAGGGAAUCGCACCUGGUCAUUGAACGCAAGUGCUCCAGCAUGACGGUCAGCUCCACGUCCAGUCUGGAGGCUGAGGUGGACUUCACCAUCAUCGCCGACCUCCACUCUGGUAUGGAGGACUUCUCCAAGGAAAUGUCUGAACUGGAAGAGAAGGGGCAACACCCAGAAGUCGGCCGGGAUGACUUUGACGAGAUGUCCAGGUUCUACUCUGCCUGCCUUAUGGGCUCACACGACAAGUCUCCCACAGAGGAGAAGCUUCCACAGGAGGAACUGCAUCAGGAGCCUCCUGUGGCAAAAAAAGACCCGAGUGCCGUAAGUGUAGCCCACAUGCUGAAGAGAGGCGACACCAAGACGGACAUACACACCAAUGAGUCAGAGGUCCACCCAGUGCCAUGGACACAUCUCAAAGGUGAGCACUUUCAGGGCCAAAUCUGGUUUUGGAUGCUCCCUGAAUCUCCACUGACACACACCAUGUGUAACCAUCAUGAUGGCUCUCUCAUCUCCUCCCAGAAGGACCUUGGGGACAGGAGGCUCCCGCCGAGUGUGGCCUCUGAGGAGGAGCACGAGCGGGACACUGUGUCCUCCAUGAGGGAAUCGCACCUGGUCAUUGAACGCAAGUGCUCCAGCAUGACGGUCAGCUCCACGUCCAGUCUGGAGGCUGAGGUGGACUUCACCAUCAUCGCCGACCUCCACUCUGGUAUGGAGGACUUCUCCAAGGAAAUGUCUGAACUGGAAGAGAAGGGGCAACACCCAGAAGUCGGCCGGGAUGACUUUGACGAGAUGUCCAGGUUCUACUCUGCCUGCCUUAUGGGCUCACACAACAAGUCUCCCACAGAGGAGAAGCUUCCACAGGAGGAACUGCAUCAGGAGCCUCCUGUGGCAAAAAAAGACCCGAGUGCCGUAAGUGUAGCCCACAUGCUGAAGAGAGGCGACACCAAGACGGACAUACACACCAAUGAGUCAGAGGUCCACCCCAGUGCCAUGGACACAUCUUCAAAGAACUACAGAGAACUCAGCUUGAAGGAGGCUCCGGCAGUCCUGAAAGAAAACGGCUCACCUGUAAAAGCUGGCGUCCCUGGGAGAGACUCUGUUGUAUCGCCACUGACCAUCACUGCAGAGAGUGUCACCUCGGCAACCACAACUCAAGUUACCAAGACUGUGAAGGGCGGCUACUCUGAGACCAGAAUUGAGAAACGGAUUAUAAUCACAGGAGAUGACGAUGUGGACCAACACCAGGUUCUCGCCAUGGCAAUCCAAGAGGCCAAGCAGCAGCACCCCGACAUGCUGGUGACGAAGGCAGUGGUUAUCAGGGAAACGGAGUCUCCCACCGAGGAGCAGCAGCAGAAUUCACAGUCCUGAUCGGUCCCGGCGGCUCCUGGUCCAGGUACCUGUGCACCUCCUGCCCCGCCCUGCAGUAAGCCUAUGUCCAGUAAUGAGGACUUGACCCCCACUGUGCCCAUCAAGACUUUCCUCCCUGUCCCUAUAGACAAACCGACUGUGACCCCAACCCGGUUCCUCCCAGCCUGCCAUAUACUGUGGGAAAAUGAAAAUUUACGGAGCGAUGCCCUCUUCAAGGCAGCUCUGUCACAUUCAGUCAUCAGUGCUCUGAAAACGAUUUCAUCUAACACAGAAUCAUUUGAGUUUUAGCCCCGACUCCUCCCCCAAAUUCCUAUUUUGUACUUUAAGGUGACAUAAAAUAAUUAAUGAAAUAAUUAUACUCGAGCAGGGUUGGCUGAAGGGACGGCGACAGUGCUGUUGGGAGGGGUUGGUUGCCAAGUGACGAGAGGUGGUGUUUGCUCACUGCUGCCACCUGCUGUAACACCUUCUGUGUAAUCGACAGCUAGCUUUUUUACAUUUUUAUCUAUAGAGGAUCUAAUUUAUGUGCAGUGUUUGCUUGUUUCUGAAAUAUGUAUAAUAUCAGAUGAUUAUAAUGUGCAGAAUUUAAAAAUAUUGCCAAUAAAGGAGC